UCGGAUUGCCCAUUGGGCUUAGCAAAAUUUGGCGGGAUAUUAAUAUUAUUUAAAGGUUUGUAAGCGUCUGCCAUUCGACGGUAACUUAAAGAACCGAAAAAAGAGAUCUUUUUAUGGGAUUGACUGCCUUAUCAAUUGUUCUUGUUUUCAUUUUAAUGGCAAUGGGAUUAUCGGCAUAGUGUUCGACCCUGUUGCAGCGCAAACUUAGCUGUUGGGCCUAGGCAAAAGGCCCAUGACUGAAGUUUGACUCUGGAAUACUAUUGCUGUUUAGAACAUUGCCGAUUUUCACAUUUUCCGGACAACAACUUGAAAAUCAAGAAAUGAUAAUGUAAUUGGUAAACGUAAAAUGAACAUGGAAAAUGACCCAUCAUACGGUGUUAUGAAUGCCUACAAUGUAGACGGCAAGCCGAUUCGAAUUCAUAAAACAACCAGCAAGUUGUUUUCCAAUACCAAAGUUGAGGUUAUAUGCAGAUGUGAUCAGUGGGUGAAGAAAUUGGGACCAUUCAUUGAUAAAAUUUUGAUUUUGUCACUUCUUGCUUUAUUUUGCCUAGACAGGCUUUUAGGUAUUCAGGUUCAAGAAAGUUUUUGGCUCAUUGUCUUUCUUUUUUCAAUACUGCUUUAUGUUUACUUUCACUACUAUUUUAUACUAGAAGAGGAAAUCAUCUGUGUGAAAAACCUUGGAGUAGAAGUUAUAACUAAGACUAUCACUGGCAGAACUGCUGAAGAGUUUAUUCCAAAUUUGCAGAUAGCUGAUGUUGUAAUAAAUGAAGUUAUUCACAUGCAAAGAUUCAUCUAUGCACUUUUUAUAUUGAUUGGUGAUACCGAUGCUGCACAAAAUUACCACAAAGAUGGUUAUUCAAAAAUCAACAGAGUUAUUACAUUUUUCAAGUUUACAAAGCCACGUCUUCAAGAACUAAAGGAAAUCCUUAAUGACACACGAACAAUUCUUAUAUGUGACCACUGUGUUCAGGAAAGUGAUGAGAUGUAUGGUAGUAACUAAAAUAAUAUAGAGUUGAAGAACUGAAACAUUUCAAAAUUGUAUCUUAAAUACAUAUUGGUAUUAAAAAUUUUAGACCGUAAAGAAAUGUACAGAACCAUAACAAAAAACAGGUUGCCAUUUUUAAAGAUAUAUUUUUUACCUGCCAAAAUCACAGAAUAAUGUAUCAAAAGCUGAGUGAGCAUUGGGGGAGGAUUUCGAAAUAAUUGUGUGUUCAAAUUUCUGUUAAAUAUCAUUUUAUGUUGCAUUUUCUGCCCAGAAAAUACACAUUUAUCAAAUACAUUUGCUUUGCUGAAUACUGUCUAUGAAUACAGAUACUGUCUAUACCAGUGUAUAGGUUGACCAUGUGUGCAAGUUGUCACCUUUGAUAAUCUGAGACAGAAAACUUUAAGCAAGAUAAUAAAUAUAAAAAGCCUAAUUUAAGGUUUGAAACCUUGACUUAAACAGCAGUAUUUAAGAUACUGUUAAAGCAGGUGAUCAAUUUCAAUAAAUUGCAGAAAAAACCUAGCUUACCCAGUUAACGUUCCCACACUGGAGUGCCCCCUGUAGUAAUUAAGUACAAAUCUAUGGUAAAUUUCUCCUGUCUCCAGUCACCUUCUUUGAGUUGGACAGGUAAAAACAAUUUUUCUCAGUUCUAGAAAACAUUUGGUAAUUC